AUGAGUAUUUUUGCCUUUUUAAUUGAAUUUUUUUGCCGAAUUUGCGGUUUUUUAGCCCGUGGAUUAUGGGAAUCGCGAUAUAGCUGUUGCCAAUCUGAUCUGAGUAUAACCGGAUGCUGUGUAGCAGACUGUCAUGUUACUGACACUGCUCCCAAAUCAAUCUUGCAGACUUACAUUGAGGCACAAAAGCGAUUUUUUGAGCUGGUAAAUUCGGAAACAAUACUGAUUGGACACAGCUUGGAAAGUGAUCUAAAAGCGAUGCGUUUGGUGCAUCAUCGUGUGGUUGAUACUUCGGUUGUCUUUCCACACCGACUUGGACCACCGUAUAAACGAGCGCUGAAAACGAUCGCUUCUGAAGUGAUCCAGCUGAUCAUUCAAGAAGAA